GCAUGGCGUCGUCUGGGUCGGCGACAGGAAUGGCGGGUCCUCUGGUGCCGUCGCUGACGGUCACCCCGCCGUCGGCUACAGGCACGGGCUCUCGCCGCUCCUCGGUGUGGGAGGGUCCGCGCCGUCCUUCAGCCUGGGAGCGCCGCUCGUCCGUCUUUGUCGACGCCGUGGUGGCCGAAGACCUCGUCGCCUGCCACGACGAGGACGCUGGGGCCACUACCUUAGUACAGAAGCAGCAGGUGGGCAUAUACGGAUGGCGUAAGCGCUGUCUCUACCUGCUGGUCACGCUGCUGUUCGCCAUGGUCAUCAUGAACGUGGCGCUGACGGUCUGGGUGCUCAGGGUGCUCGACUUCUCGCUGGAUGGCAUGGGCCGACUACGCAUCGUGGAGCGUGGUGUACGGCUCGAAGGAGAAGCAGAGUUCCUGAAUUCUCUAUACGCCGCGCAAAUACGAUCAAGGAGGGAACAACCCCUCAACAUAGAGUCUUCCAAGAACAUUACGCUCAAUGCCAGAAAUAACCAAGGGCAGAUUUCUAAUAGACUUUUUAUAGGAAAUUCAAUCGUUGAAGCCUUCGCCGACGAGUUUAGAGUUCGUGACUCUAGGGGAAAGCUGUUAUUUCGGGCUGCCGAUGACGAAGUUACAGUGGCAGCUGACUCUCUAAAAGUCACUGGUCCUGGAGGCGUAAGGUUCGACGGAUCGGUGCAGACACCGUUAGUUCGCUCCGAGACGUUCAAGCAGCUAAAGCUCGAGUCGCCUACCCGAAGGCUAAAGGUGGAAGCGCCGCAAGGCGUUCUUGUGGAGUCAAAAGCCGGAGACAUCAGUGUCGCCUGUCACCGGAACCUUACUCUCCAGUCAAGACAAGGCGAGAUCUUCCUAGACUCGGAACGCAUCGUGUUCCAGAACCUCAAGACUCCGCUGCCGGCGCUAUCGGGGAGCCCUUACAAGAACGUGUUUCAGCUUUGUGUCUGUCAGACUGGUGUGUUGUUCCUGUCCGAGCCGGAUGGACAGUGUCGAGCGGACGACAGCGUCUGCAAGUGAACAAACCUCAGCCAACCCAGAACUGUGUACGCCAAGAUCAAGC